UCCAGCUCGAGCAGCCUGCGUAAUUAAGCGGUCUUCGUCCAGUUUUUUUGCCACCCGCAUCCGGUUUUCACUUGCCUGUUGGUGAUGAAACCCAGGUGGACUUCAUAGGAGAAUGCACCCACAAUGGCAGCAGCAUGGCGGAAUCGUGCACCUGUAUGCCCAAAGGCAAAAUGCAUUUCCCGUUGCUCAACCACCUCCACAUGCUGGACCGUAUCCAGGAGUCUACAUGCAGCAACCGGUGCAACAACCAGUGCAGCAAGCUUUGCAGCCGCCUUUGCAGCAGAUCCCACCCGAACGCCACCCUCGACACAGUACCCAAUUAAGAGAAAUUUCCCUUCAAUACAGCUACGAGGAACUAUCAGUCGCAACGAAGAAUUGGAGUGACUCAGAGCGAUUGGGAUCUGGCUCCUAUGGCUCAGUGUUCAAGGGUGAGCUGGAAGAUGGGUCAGAGGUGGCAAUCAAGGCAAUCGAUUUGAAGGCCCUUGGGGCAGAGUCCUCGGGAUUUGAAGAGGAGGUCCAGAUGCUUAGCAAAUUCCGCCAUCCAAAUUUGGUGACUCUGUUGGGUUGGGCGAAACAUGACUUCAAUCGAUACCUGGUCUACGAGUUGCUCUCUGGUGGCGACUGCUUCCAGCGACUGCAAAAAAGUAAAAAGCCAUCAGCUCAAUGUCCUUUCCAUUGGUUCGAACGGCUGAGUGUUUGUCUAGAUGCUUCAGCAGGCCUCUCCCACAUGCACAAUUCAAAGCCAAAAGCCUUCCACCGGGACAUCAAAUCCGCCAACAUCUUGCUGGAUCGUCAUGGAACAGCGAAGAUGGCUGACUUUGGCUUGAGCUGCACAUCGGCGAGAUCAGACUCGCUUCAUGUGACAGUUCGAACCAUCAGCGGCACUCCAGGAUAUGCUUGUCCUAUCUACUCACGUACUGGCCGAGUAACAGAGGGUGGAGAAGUCUACAGCUUUGGCAUGGUCAUGCUUGAGCUACUCACCGGCUUAGCACCAGCUACUGCCGAUGCCACCAGGCCUGGUGGAAUUGCGUAUCAAGUGGCCGAUGCGGUCAAGCAAGACAGUCCUGGGGCGCUUGAUCGUUGCAUGGCACACUUGGACGCAAAAGCUGCUUGGCCUUCGCAGUUGGCUCGGGAAAUGACUGAGAUGGCUUUGCGCGCUGUUCAUGCGCAGGAUGAGGAACGCCCUCGCUUCGUCGAGUUGGUCAAGUCAUUGAGGAAGAUGAACGAACGGUUUCCCAAGCCUUCCCAGCCUUCAGCUUUUGCACCGCCACCAGCUCAACAUUUGGUCGAUGCGGCACCUGUCCAGCCACAAGGGCCAGUCCAGGUGCCACAAGAUGGAGACAGUGCUAAGCAGCUGCAGCAACAGCUGCAGCAACAGCAGCAGCCAGUGAAGAUUCCCAGUCCUGUGCUGGUGGCUCUUCCUCACAGUCAUUUGGCCACUUUCGGAUUGGAAUUUCUUUCUGCCAGUGGUGUUGAGACUGGCAAUUUGCUUCCCGCCGAGUUGCAAUGCAUUUUUUUGAAGCCGAAUCCCAACUCGUCUACCGACGGCAAUGGAAUGUUUGCAUUUGCAGUUGGACGAAUCCACCAGCAAAGAGUUUUCGAAGCGUGGGUUCCUGACCAGGCCCUCCAGUGCUGCAUAUCACGGACAGCCUUUGAAGUUGUGUGUGAUAGACAAGGUGGCAGCGCAUCUUUGAUAGUAAGAGGCCAGGGCCUUGUGUCUGUGGAUGGUAGGGUUGCUCCCCGGGAAGCAGCAGUUCCACUGCAUCCCCGCUCUGAAAUCCUAUUCGCCCAUGGAGUUGAAGGGACCAUGAUACUUUGUUUGCGGUACCUACCCGCCUCCGAGCUGAGCGAGAAGGCCGAGAAGGCCGAGAAGGCCGAGAAGGCCGAGAAGGCCGAGAAGGCCGAGAAGGCCGAGAAGGUUGAUGUGGAGGAGCCGACCUCGCCACCUCCACGACGGACGGUUCGCAGAGCAGAGGAGGAGGACCGAGAAAAUCGCGAAAACCUGACAGGUCCUGCUGUUCAGGAUAUCAGAAGCCCUUCUGCCAGACCAAGGUCCUCCUGGGUGCUAGCUUGCACUCAUGUAGAGGGGUUGACUGCUGGACAACUUGCAGAACUUCGCAGUGCUGUCAGGGACAUACACGUGACACAAAUGCCAAUGAUGCUUGGCCGCUUGCAUCAGAACCAGUUCGAGGCUUUGGUGAAGGCAGCUGAGCGGCCCAAGCUCGCUUCCUUCAUUUCCCGUGCGCACGGGAAGUUGGAAGCCGACCCUGAUGGGACUGCUGUUCUUCUGACCAAUGUGAGCCCAAGCAACAAUCCGUUGUAUGUGGAUGACCAUCAUGUUCUGCCUGGCCAAACUCAACGAGUGGAGAAUGGCCAGAUGGUGGGAUUUGCCAGAGAAGAGUCUGGCAACCACGUGCACUUCUUGAAAUUUCAGGUCUUGCGAGUUGAUGCCCGAAUCGACAGAUUCCUCUCUCCUCCUGGCCGUCGCUUAGAGGCUGCCCACAUGCACAGCCGCUCAAGCGGUGAAGCCCAUUUGUCCCCUCCAAGAGACGCCAGGGCUCAACGCCCAACUCAGGCGGAGAGCAGCAGUCCUCAGGAGGUGCAUUUGCUGACUUUGUCUCCACCGCGGCGAAAAGUCAGCCGAGACCUUUCUUCAUCCUCAUGCAGGGUCAGUCGAUCACCAAGAUGCCAAGAGGAAGCAAAGACAAGGCCUACAAGCUCUACAGUUCGCUUGGAGUUGUCGGGUGAAGGGGUCAAGGAGGAUGCGCCACUCGCAGACCGUCAGAUUGGGCCCGUGUCCCUUUUGCAGCUGCCAGACCACACAUUGUUCGUGGGCAGAAAGCAUCAGCCGGAACUGCUGAAGCGCUCUGUGGCGCAAGAUUGCCUGCCCUUCAUGAGUCGAGAUCACUUUAGUAUUUGUUUCAGUCGCGGCCAAUUUCAAAUGAGAACAUUGACCUCCAAUCCAAUAUGGCGAUUCAGAUCAUGUGCAGAGCCAAUAGAACUACAACGGGGCGAUCCUGUUGACUUGCAGACAGGGGAUAGAAUUGCCCUUGGCACUGGAAAUGAUAACUCCCCAGAAUCUGCGGUGCAAAGUUUGUGCUGGCUAUUCACUGUCGAAGGCACUGAGCUAGUACAGGCCAAUAGUUUUGGCUGUCGAACACCACCAUCUCCAGGCUGGAGAUGCCCCGGACGUAUAUACCAGUAG